AUGACGAUUAAGAAGCUAUCACCGGAUUUUGAAGAGCGGUUUGCCCGAAUAAGCAUCGAUUUAUCGGGUUGUGGAGCUAACGAAGGCCACAGCAGAUUAGACCCAGAGAUCACCAACCCCGAGACGGCAAGAUCGUUUGGCGUGGCAAGAUCGAGCAGAAAGAAGACAUAUCCGUCCCAUCUAUACCCGAAUGGGACGCCUAGUACUAACUAUACCACGCCAUCUAAACAGCCCGUAUUGUCUACGGCCAAGAGGGCCAAAUCGAGAAACCUUUCGAAUCAGCUCAAAAUUGCAUCCAACUCUACGACAGAUGAUCAUUUAGCGGUCACGCCAACGAGAAUUGAAUCCCAGAAUACACAUAAGCAUGGAAAUAGGUCCAUGUCUACCGUGAAACAGCCGUCGAAGAGAAUAUUGAGUUGUCCGAUGUCUGAAAGACCGAACCGAACAAAAGACCACCUGUUUUCUUUCAUGAAGGAAACGUCUUCAUCAAUGAACAAGCAUGUGAAUGUUUUCAACAGCGGUGUUGGAACGUCGCCUACCCCAAAUCGGGUAUCCCAAGAACCCCAGCCACUGACAAAGAGAGUCAGCUCAUCUAACACGACAAAGAGAAGGCAUCAGCUAGAACAUCGUACUCGUAAUAUAAGCGGAGGAAGCUACAAUAAUGGAGCACGAGAAAGAAGAAUCAUGUCAACGCAAGCACCUGUUACUAGACCCACCGAUAUCACCAAUAUAAGCUAUAGCGUGCCCACGCUGAAGUUCCAUGAGAUUAAGUCGAAAGAUGAGAAUUUAAAGAUUCCUAACUACAAUGGGUUGGGCUACAAUCCUCCAUAUGACUCUAUGAACUCGCCGUCGAAGCACAGACAUGUUUCCCAGCCAUUUACUCAAAAAUCAAAAGAUGAUGUAUACGAUAGGUUGUAUAACAAUUCAAACAGUAAUAGAACCAAGACAGGAACCACGUCUCCCAGAAGCCUAAAUUCAAGACUGGAGUGCCACCAAACUAGAAACCAAUGUUCAGAGAAUGAGUCGAAUAAUACGGAGACUCCAAAAAUUCAGAAUACGCAUGAACUCUUGCUGAUAAUUUACCGGGAAGAUCCUGAUUUAUUUUCUUUUGGGUAUACAAGUCAUAAAGAUUUCAACAAACGACAACAUAUGGAUACCCAGAACUUGAAUUCUGGUGUAAGUGGAUAUUCGGGACCAUUGAGCAUAUACGAAAGAGGUGAAAUAUUGAGAAAGAAGGAUAUAUAUUUUAUGCCGAGCGAAAAUGGCAAUACCUUGGAAAAUGAUCCCAGGUCAAUUAACGUUAGAAAUUACAGCCAGAAUUUUGGAUUUGAUGAUAAGACCGGAAAUUAUAUAAUUGUUCCUCAUGACCACAUCAACUAUCGUUACGAAAUUGAAACAAUAUUAGGAAACGGUUCAUUUGGUAAUGUGGUGAGAUGCAAAGAUCACAAAUAUUUUGAUUCUGAAAAUAAUAACAAAACAGUUGCAAUAAAAAUAAUCAAGAACGAUAUAAAAUGGUCGUUACAAGCUGUAUACGAAACCAAAAUGUUAAAGCAUUUAAACGAGAAAAUGAAAACCACCGAAAAAACACUAUUCGAAAAGGAUUUCCCUAUACUAACAUACAUUGAUCAUUUCCAUUUUAGAGGUCAUAUGUGUAUUAUAUCUGAAAUGUUAUCACUAAAUUUAUACUCUUUACUAGAAAUCAUAAGAUUUCGUGGCCUAUCGUUAAAUCUUUUAAGACUGUUUUCUAGGAGUAUAUUGACGGGAUUGGACUUCAUACAUAAACAAAAUAUUAUUCAUUGUGAUAUAAAACCUGAAAAUAUCAUGAUAAAGUUGCCAUCAAAUUUCCAUCCAAACAAUGAUGCAGUAAAUGAAAAAGAUCUCGUGGUGAAGAUUAUUGAUUUUGGCUCCUCUUGUUUUGAUAAGGAAAUUUCCUACUCUUAUAUCCAAUCAAGAUUCUACAGAGCACCAGAAGUUGUACUUGGCGCUAGUUACAAUAAUAUGAUUGAUAUUUGGUCAUUUGGUUGUGUAAUAGCGGAAUUAUUUUCAGGAGCACCAUUACUUGCAGGUAAGAAUGAGUUGGAGCAGAUUGGCUUAAUAUUAGAGUUAUUUGGUGCUCCCAAUAGCAGCCUUAUUCUAGAACAAAGAGAUAAGUUAAUGAAAUCAGCAAAGAGACAAAAAGCUGCUACUAAUUUCAAUAACAUUGACCCGAAUAAAGGUAUUGAUCAAUCGGUCAUGAAUAAAGUCUCUGUGGAUGAAAAGACAAUCCGAAAAACGCUUCUCUUUAGUCUUUUUGACAUACUGGGGAAAAUCAAUUUACAAUUCCUUAACAUGAGGAGCCAAGUGGUUGCAAAUACAAUCUCUUCAACAAUACCAGGAGCUUCUGCUGUAAAGAAAAAAUUCAAACCAAAUUCUAAAGGUUUGGAAAUUUUGUUACGUCUAAAUACGACCAGAGAAACUAAAAAGGACAUUCAGUUAUUCUCUAAAUUUUUGCAUUCAAUUUUUAAAUGGAACCCUUCGGAAAGACCUCCUGCAUCAGAAUUAUUAAAUGAUUCGUUUUUGAGGGAAUUAUAA